CUGCAGGAACCCAGCCCAGGAGGAGGAGCUGGGAGGCUUUUUGCUCUGGAAUCAACAGAAGAGGCUACAGCCAGCAUGGACGCAACGAGUGGAGGGAACAAUGUGUCAGCGCUGUCCAACGACAAGAUCUUUGUUCUGACUCGUGUCUACCUGGCGGCCUUAUCUCUGAGCCUCGUCGGCAGCAGCUCGGUCCUUGCUGUAGCCACCCUCAGGAGGAGGUGCUUCCACAGCCAGCUGUGUCCCCUCUUCCUGCUCUCCGUGGCAGACUUCCUGGCUGCCUUGGUGCUGAUCAUCACGACUUCCAUCCAGCUCCUUCCAGCCCAGCUCUUUGUCCCGGCUUACGAGUUCUGCCCCUACGGCCUGAUGCUGGCCAUGAUGUUCUACGCCAUCUCCUUCCUGAUGGUCAUUGUCUAUGCGUACGAGGUGAACCGUACCCUCCGUGGCUGGAGAUCGACGCACGAGACAGCUCUGCAGGAGAGAAGCAGCUGCAUGGAGAGGGCGCAGCACUGUCUGCCCUACAUCCUGGCCUGGCUGCUCCCCGCCCUCACGUUCCUGGGCCAGCUGCUGUUCAGAGGCACGUCGGUGAGAGACAUCGCUCCCAUGUCCCUUGAACCCGUCAUGCCCCAUACAGCCAACCUCUCCCGAGGGGCCAAUAGCCUGUACUGCUCCAGCUGCCUGAUCCUCAUCCACCGCUCCCAGGACGUCUGCUAUACGGACGUGGGCAGGAAGGACACGGGCCUGGAGAUGAAAAUCCUCCUCUUCAUGUACCUGCUGCUGGUGCUCAGCUGCAGCACGUUCUUCUACUGCAGGGUGAAGCUCUGGUGCAGGAGGAACAGUGAGCUGCGGUUGCUGAACAUGGAGAAUGGCGGUUUCGCCAGCAGGAACAUCCAGAGCGUGUGCAAAAUUUCUGGCUGCUUCCAGCUGGUUUUCCUGAUCUGCUGGACACCAGCUUUCCUGCUCAGCAUCCUCUCCUUCACCAGCAUCAAGCCCACCUCCAUCUUUGCACUGCAUGUUGCCAUGGCCCUGACCAUGUCCCUCCAAGGGCUCCUGCACAGUUUGGUCUAUGGCUGGCUGCGGCAGAACUUCCGCCAGGAGGCUCUGGGGGAGACGCUCCCCUUGAGAUACUACCCCGGCCUCAAAGCCUUCUACGAUGAAUCAUUUGGGGUUGAGUGCUAGGAGAGUGCCUGCAUCGUUCUCUACUGUUCCUGGGCCCCAAGUCUGCAGCAGCCGAUGGGCACUACACAGCUUCUCUCCUUACUGGGGGCUGGUCCCCCUGGACACUGCACCAGGCAACAGUUAGGUACUAAGGAAUCAGCCCUGUACUGACUUUGUGGUGCAGCCUUCCUGGAAAACAGGGACCUGCACUGAUUUCACCACCCUCCUGGAUUUUGAGAAAUAACUUUGCAAACAUAAAGUUAUAGCCAUACCUGCUCCUGGAAGCAAGCUGGUUGGAAAGGCUGCUCCUUAGUCAAAGUAGCAAAAUCAUUAGCAACUGUUGUGUUACCAACUGUGGUUUGCUUAAGGAGUGUUAAAGGCCCAGAGCUGAUGCUGGCUGCAAGGGAGAAGAGGCCAAGAUCUCAUUCAAAUUCCCUCUCCCAUACACUACUGUCCUUCCCUCAUCUCUAAAGUAGCUUCUGCAAAAGGCUGGGAGUGGCAGCCUCCCCUCCCCAGUGAGGACCGUGGGGCUGCUCCAGGCCUCUGUGAGAGAGAAGGGAGCUUGAAGGAACCGUGGCUAUCACUACGACAAGGCCACAGGAUUUAGAGGAGAAGCUCUGUGGACCAAUUCUCUUGCACAAUUGAUUGCUUCCAUUAUCUGUGGGGCCUAGAGCCCCAGUCAUGGAGCAGGACCUUGUCUGUUCCAGGCGCUGUACCCAGCUCUGAAUGCGUUCGUGGCCUGGGAACUCACAGGGUCUCUUUCCAGCCUGUAUUAAUUCAAACAACAUGGACAGAGAUAACUGGGGUGCAGAGAGCUCCCAAGAGGGAUUUGGGCAUCCCCCCCACUAGUGGAAAUGGAAUCUUGUGACUGGCCAGAAGAGGCAGGAGAGCUUGCUUGGCCCUCAGUUGCCAUCUUUACCCACUUGAGAAUAAAAAAACCUUAACCCUU